CACCCUAGACCCUGGGCACAUACAGGAAGUCAGGGGAACCUCUGGUGCAUGCAGGAGACACCGUUCUGCCUCCGAGUUGGACACCUUCUCCCCUACUCCAUGUCAGAUUCCAACACAACAGACUUCACCAACCCCUCCACCUUCAUCCUGCUGGGCAUUCCUGGCCUGGAGAAGGCCCAUGUCUGGAUUUCCAUCCCCUUCUGCACCAUGUACGCCAUAGCUGUCUUAGGGAACUUUAUCAUCCUGGUCAUCGUGAAGAUAGAACCGAGCCUCCAUGGGCCCAUGUACUAUUUCCUCUGCAUGCUGGCUGUCACCGACCUGGUCGCAUCCAUGUCUACCAUGCCCAAAAUGCUGAGCAUCUUCUGGUUCAAUUCCAGGGAGAUUGAUUUCAGUGCCUGCCUCACCCAGCUGUACUUCAUUCACUGCUUCUCAGUGAUGGAGUCUGGGAUCCUCGUAGCCAUGGCUCUGGAUCGCUACGUGGCCAUCUGCCAUCCCCUGAGACAUUCCACCACCCUGGCAAACCCCAUCGUGGCCAAGAUCGGACUGGCAGUGGCGCUGCGUGGCGGUAUGCUCAUAUUGCCCUAUCCCUUCCUGGCGAGGAGGUGGACAUAUUGCAGAACCAACAUCAUCCCACAUACAUACUGUGAGCACAUAGCCGUGGUGAAGCUGGCCUGCGGUGACAUCCGUGUCAGUACUUACUACGGCCUCUCUGUGGCAUUCUUGGUGAUCGGUCUGGAUGGGUUUUUUAUUGCUCUGUCCUACAUCGAGAUCCUCAGGGCCAUCUUCAGCCUCCCCACAAAUGAUGCCCGACUCAAGACUUUUGAGACCUGUGGCUCACACCUCUGUGUCAUUCUAGUCUCUUACAUCCCACCUCUCUUCUCCUUAAUCACUCACCGAUUUGGCCACAAUGUGCCCCUACAUUUCCACGUUCUUAUUGCCAACGUGUACCUUGCAGUGCCCCCCAUGUUAAACCCCAUCAUCUAUGGUGUGAGGACCAAACAGAUCCAGGACAGGCUGCUCUGGCUCUUCACUCAUGAAGUGACCUAA